CAGUUGGGGACCGUCGGGGACAGCAGGGGGGUAGAGGGGGAGAGGGGGACGAGAGGAGGGAGAGGGACGCCUCCCGCCCCCGGACAGACGUCCGUCCUUCAGUUCUUCUCCAAACUGCGGCGCCACGCCAGCCUGGAGGGGGCGGGGCCUUACUUCAGGAAGUGGAAGUUUGACAGCAGUCAUCGCGCCGCCAGUCUGGACGCCCAAGGCUCUCCUAAAAGGAAGCCGUUCCACAGACAGAGAGCAGCCAGUGACACAACGGAGCAGACUGGGGAAGACUCCUCCCCCCUGGGGGAAGACUCCUCCCCCCUGGGGGAAGACUCCUCCCCCCUGGGGGAGACGUGGCCCCUCCCCCCCCUCCCCUGCCCUCCAGGCUGGGUCCAGCUGCUGUCUGCAGGGUCCCUGUCGCCCCCCGCCACCCCGCCCUCACCCUCCAUCUCCAGCAGGGUGGAGGUGGAGGCAGUGGUGGAGGCCGAGAGCAGCUUAUCCAGAACAGGGAGAGAGGGCCCCCCUCCACGGCUGGAGGGAGAGGCUGGGGGAGAGGCUGGGGGAGAGGCUGGUGCCAGGAUAGAGCUGGGGGGAGAGACCGAGACAGAAACAGCAACAAGAACAGAACCUGCAGACACUGUAGAAGUAUGGUCGGGGCCUGGAGAGAAGGAGGAGGAAGGGGCCACGGCCGGGGUGGAAGACAGGAUGGAGACCAGCAGGAGGACGGAGGAGAAGCCAGCGGGGGCCCCGGGGGCAGGAUGGAGGUCUGAGCCAGGGGCCCCGGGGGCAGGAUGGAGGUCUGAGCCAGGGGACCCGGGGGCAGGAUGGAGGUCUGAGCCAGGGGCCCCGGGGGCAGGAUGGAGGUCUGAGCCAGGGGCCCCGGGGGCAGGAUGGAGGUCUGAGCCAGGGGACCCGGGGGCAGGAUGGAGAUCCGAGCCAGGGCCAGAGCCAGGGGCAGCCGGGGGCAGGUCUGGCUCCGGGGCUGGGGCUCCCAUUGGGCUGGAGGAGCCCAGGACGGGGGCCGGCCAACGGGAGGACGGGGGAGCGGAGGGGGGCCUGGGGGCCGAGGCAAGGAGGGGGUCGGACUCCUUCUGUCUCAGUCGUCAGGAGAGCUUGUCGCUGUACCGGGACAUCUGGAGCCUGCGGGCCUCUCUGGAGCAGUACGCCUCCUCCGACCAGAGCAGCACCGACAGGGAGUCGGUCCGCAGCGACGCCGACAGCAUCUGCUCGCUAGGGGGCGCCGGAGCGCGGGCUGGCCUGGACAGCUGCCUCUCCCAGGACCUGGACGACGAACCCGAGGGGGAGCCGGGAGACGGGGGAGACAGAGGGGCGGAUAGCAGGGAGGGGGAGGCGGGGAACGGGGGAGGAGGGGGAGGUGGGGAGGGCGAGGGAGGUGGCAGGAAACUGCUUCAGAUGGACAGUGGCUACGCCUCUAUCGAGGCGCCGUCGAGAGCCCCGGAGGAGCUGAGAUUGUUCGGGGCCCCGGGGGGCCCUCGGGGGAAGACGGCGUCCGAGAGGAGGCUGUUCUUCACCAGAUCCGGCAGGAAGGGUUCGGUGUGUGAGAGCUUCGAGACGCGGUUGUUCCAGGAGGAGCUGGAGGACCAGAUCUCCCUGGGGGAGGGAGCCUCUGAGCGGGGAGAGCAGCCAGGGGCGAGGCCCCCUCCUGGUUCUGGACAACAGACCCUCACUCUCCACACACCCUCUCCCCCUCCUCCCGGACAACCCCAGCAGGCUCAACCUCAGCUGGCCCCACCCCCUCUGAUCAAGCCCCUCCCCCCGGCCUCCCCUCACCGCCCCCGUCUGCGUCGCCGGGACUACAGCAUCGACGAGAAGACGGACGCGCUCUUCAAUGAGUUCCUCCGCCACGACCCUCGCUUCGACCAGCCCGACUCCCCGCUGCGCUCGCGCCAUCGCUCCCGCGUGCACCUGAGGAAGCAGUGGCAGAGACACAAGCAGUACAGCGACCCCGGGGCGGGGGCCGGGGGGCCGGGGGCAGGGGGGGGCAGGUACUCCCCCUCCUUGGAGAGGCAGCGGUUCACCCCGCUCCGGAGGGGGGAGAGCGCGGGGUACCCCCUGGACACGCGCUACCACAGCACUCUCUCACGGAUCGCAUCCGCCGCCGAUGAGGAGGCCAAUGAGGGGGGGGCUGGCGAGGGGGCAGCCAAUGAGGGCGAGGAGGGGAAAUCGCUAGCCGGUGAGAGAGCGACGGGCGAGGCCACAGGAAGUAAAGGUUCGGAGGGUGAGGGUGUGUCAAAGGAUGAUCGUGAGUCAACCAGUGAGGACCGAGACCUUGGGAUUUCAACCAAUGAGGACCGAGCCAGGGGGCCACCCGAGACAUUCAUUGGACAGGCUGGUGGGAUGGACCCCAGAGUGGACAACAGAAACAACAACAGCAGCCAAGCCAUCCUAUCAGAGAAGCCCUUUACCCCGACCCGUCCAAUCACACAAAGCCUCCCUAGCGCCCUCCCCCCCGACGCUCAUCGUCUCUCUACCAGGCCCCCUCACCCCCCAGGGGGCUACCGCAGCCCAGGCUCCUUCACUCAGCCCCAGCGCCAGAGAAGCCUGGAAGACAAGCUGGCUGGUACCCUGGAGGACAGGCUCUACGCUGGGCUGAGGAGGACAGGCCAGUCCCAGGCUCUGGGCCUUGGCCAGCGGGAGUGUGUAGGGGUUGUGACCAUCUCCUCCUCCCCUGACCACAGCCCUGUGUGACGGACACCUCCCCCCUCGACCCUCCCCCCCUCGCACCCCCCUCGACCCCGCCCCCUCGACCCUCCCCCCUCAACCCUGCCCCCUCGACCCCGCCCCCUCGACCCUCCCCUCUGUUCAAGACGUUUCGUUUUUCUAUGGCAUUUGAAACUCGUCCACAGUGAGACCUUAGCCUUGUGGUGUUCCAAUAGACAGUAGAAGCAGCAGAGACAGUACACUGACUGUGUGGUUCAUAGAACAGCAUAGGACUCCCCCACCUUCAUCACUGCCCCGCACCCCCACCUCUCUCCCCAACCCUUCUCUCAAUCUUGUAUCUUCCAGUGUGUUCCAUACAGACUUUUGAUUUCACUGUGACACCAGGGAGAGGUGCCAGCCUUUCCUUCUGGAUGUUGAGGAUUCUUUGCCGUCGACUUUGGUCUGCUAACGCUCCAGUUACUCUUAUAAGACAGGGAAACCAGCCCAUGUUGGCUUUCCCCUGGAGAUUUUUGUGAGGAGACGUAGGGAAUGUUUUGUUGGGCUUCUUCUUUCCCUGCUUAUGGCAGUCUGAGUUCUCUCCUUUUUGCAUCCCCCCCCCCUCCCCCGGCGCACUAGCGUACUUGUACGGCAUGCUGUGUGUAAACCACGUGAGUGACUACUGUACAGUUUUAAUCACGCAAAACAAAGCACUUUGAUGGGAUUGAAGGUUACGUGACAUUUGUCUCAUUCGUUCUCCUGAUUUCUCAUCCUUUUCUCAUCAUCCUCAAGUGUCCUUCAACACCUCAACGUUCAUGUGUCCUCAUCCAUGAAGUAAAAAAAAAAAUGAUUAAAUAAAAACAUGUCCAGUCAUACAACUGUGGUU